AUGAUGAUGAUGAUGAUGAUGAUCCUCUGUGUGUGCAGGACUUUGGACUAGACGUGGAUGCCUUUGAGAACCUGGUCGGUGACUGUCCAGCACCAUUCCUCAACCUUGCAGUCCUCUGCUGCAAUGUAAGAUACAGACUGACAGACUGACAUAAUAAUUGCAUGCAUCCAUGACUCUGUGUACAUACUUACUAUAAAUACAUAGAUUGACAACCUAAAACGACCAUACAUUCCAAAAAGUAGGCACUGUUUACACUCUUCCUGCUCCCCUCACUCUGUUUCUCCCUCUUUCUCAGAUGAAUGCAAAGAUACGUCCCUCGUUCUCCGAGAUAGUGGUGUUGCUGGAGGGGAUGGAGAGAGGAGAGGAGGAGAGGAAGACGGUCAUCCCUCUGGGUGAUUAUCUCUCCUCAGAACCCGCUACCGUCCACAUCAGCCCCUACCGACGACGGAGUUCCCCCUGUCGCCCCGGCGACCAGCGGUUGUCACGGAGCCAGUCAGACAUGCUUCCCCCAACGACGCCCCCUCUAGGCACCCCGGCACGGGUCAACCCUUUCUCCCUGCGGCAGGACCUGAACGGGGGCCGCAUCAAGCUUUACGACACCCCCAGCAAGUCUGUCAUCUCCCUGACCUUCACCCUCCCCCAGCAGCCUGACCCCUGCGCAUCUCCCCCCCUCAGGGUGAACCUCUUCCUCCGCGGGCCCCCCCGACGCUGCCAGUCCCUCCCCUGCACCCCCAAGCAGGGGCACACCCUCGCCCUCCUCCGGGACCCCGACCUGCAGAGCUUGGGGAAAGAGGAGGUAGAGGAGGUGGAGAAUGAAAGGAGGAAGGAGAAGGGAGGGAUGGUGGAGGAUGAAAGGAGGAAGGAGAAGGGAGGGAUGGUGGAGGAUGAAAGGAGGAAGGAGAAGGGAGGGAUGGUGGAGGAUGAAAGGAGGAAGGAAAAGGGAGGGAUGGUGGAGGAUGUGUCAGAUGAUUCAGGGCUGCCUCUGGAACUGGGCAUGGUGUCUCUGGAAGAGGAAGAGGAGGAAGGUUUUUCUCUGGGGGAGCCUAUGGACUGCAGCAGGUCUCCUGACACACUAGAGGGUGAUGUCCCUACACCAGGGAGUCUUCUCCUACACCCAGCCUCGUCCUGUUCCUCCCUAUUUUUGCAACCUAACGGCUGGGGUCACCCAGUCUCCAACGCCCCCCCCUCCCUCCCUCCUCUCCCCCGUCUGGACAACAACAACGGCUCGGCGACGGUGGUCGUCGGCCGUCCGACUGGCUGGAGGGCUAGUGGCUACCACGCCGCAAUCCCGGGCCCCCCUGCUGGCCCCGCCUCUGAGCAAGAUGAAGUCAUUUCCUGUCCGAGCUGUUGUCUGAUUGGUCUGAGCUUUCCGUCCGUGUGCAUGAAGGGGGCGCCGACCCCUCGUCGCGUACCGCCCGGGCGACCCUACCGGAACCUCAACGGGGGCGGCACCGGUGAAGCAUCAGCUGCCACGGCAACCAAGGGACUGCUUUGUUGCGGGUCGAAUGGUCUCGUUCCUCCGACCGCGCCUUGCGUUCCUGGGCUGCCCCUACCGGAGGCACAGACUUAGGGAGGGCUCCCCCUAGUGGGCUGGCUGACCAACAACAACAACACCAGUGACAUUACUGAGACUUUGACUGGUACUGUUCAGUGAUGCUAUUACUAUUUAUUAUUACUAUUAGGAACUGGGGAGCUGAUGAUGAUGAUGAAGAUGAUUACUACUACUACUACCUGAAGUGGUUGAACAGCUUGCCUUUGUGUGUGAAUGAAUUAUUUUCUUCUAGUGUGUGUGUGUGUGUGUGAUUGAGGAUGUUGUGGGGACACUGGUGGUUGUAUUGGGAGUAACAAGGGAGAAGCAUAAUGGGAAAUCAGAAGUGAUUAUUAAUCUGAGGUCUUAUAUAUUGGUUGUUGACCUAGAGCCAUUUGAUAAUUACAGUGUGUCACUGGUUUGUUCACUACUAAUGAUAUUUCACUGGACUGGGUGGUGCUUGAGAUUUGUAUUGAAUUCAAACAGGUGCUUCUUCUUCCCUCAAACCUCAAAGUUUUAUUCCCAUAACUCCCUAGAUCCAGGUUUCCUCUCAGUGUGUGUGUAUGUGUGUGUGUGUGUUUGUGUUUUAACAGCUCGUGUAACUUUGAAACAGCAUGAAAAGCAAUUAUCCUAGUUGAUUUACUUAUUGUACUGAUUAUUCCACCCAAAGUUCUGUAUGUGUGUGAGUGUGAGAGAGUGAGUGACUCACAAAAUAACUAAAGUUCGUCCCCUGAUGUCAGUUUUGAAAUGUUAAUGGUUCUCUGGUCAUUUCCCUGUACCUGUGUGUGAGAGAUUAGAGAACUGAGUGCAAUAAUUUAAUAUAAAGUGAGUUUACUAGUUUCUUUUUUUACACUAUUUAUAAGAAUCACUGCACUCUUGAUUCCAUAGGCCUGCUGGUUUCUUGACUGUUGAGGCUGACUGUCUGGAUCUGAAAUGGUACCCUAAUACCUAUGGGCCCUGGUCAAAAGCAGUGCACUAUAUAGGAAAUAGGAUGCCAUUUUGUCUGUCGUUCCCAGAGUUUAAGGUGUGUUUGUCUCCCUCUGCUGGCCUGGAGGACCCAGACAGACCAGGCCACUGUGGCUCACAUGGCUGUGUCUCAAUACUCUUAAAUGGCUUCCUUUCCUCAUACCCAUUCCUUCUAGGAGAAGCUAUAUGUGAACAGACCAGGGGAAACUCCAAGCCUUAGUUAUAGACCUGGAGGUUUUCCUAGUCAGGUCACUUGGUCAGGAAAAGGUCCUGGCCAUAUUCAUAUCGUAUCAACUGAUAUGAGGGGACUUAAAAAGUGUAUGACUAUAUGGCUUUAGCUAUUAACCUUUUUAACUAGUUCUAACCAGUUAA